AAUUAAAAAACAAUUUUAAUAAUUGGAUAUGUUAGUCUUCUUUCAACGAUAUUUAUAACGAGUAUAUGGCUAUAUGCUAGCACAAAUUUGUACAUCAUUUUACGAUUAAAAUAUAAUUAUCAUAUAAUUAAAAAUGAAUAUAUUUAUUAUGUGGAUACUAAUUUUCAUUUGAUAGAACAAGUUCUAGCUUACAUCCGAACGGGUUUGUGAAACUAUAAAUGGGCGCCUUCUCUUGUGCGCUAUGCACAUAUGUCUCUCACGUGAGAGGCCUUUAUUUUUUCCCUCUCAAAUGAACAAGGGUCGUUAGAUUAGGUGCCUACAUUAUCACUCAGUGCACUAUCACACACAAUAUCACCAUCAUCCCUUACACAUUCUCCUCUCUCCAUCUCUCACAUCUUCCCUUGUUCUUCUUCAUUUUCUGUCACCAUUGUACUUCUUCAUUUUUUUUUUCUGCAGCUAUUAUUCUUUUUCAUUUUCUUUUUUUGAAAUCAUUUUCUUCUUUUGUCUUCCCUUCUGAUUACUUCUUCAUUUCUUCCAUUUUCGAUCCUCUUCCAUUAAUGAUUUGAGUCGGAAGCAAAUUUUUGUGAAUAAAAAAGGUAACUCACAACCACUCACGAUUAGGGUCUGAAGCAAGUUUUUGUGAUUAGUAAAAGUAUCAUAUAUUGAGUCGAAGAUGGAUGGUGGUGACGUUAUUGGGCAUGAAGUAACACAAGUUAACUCUAAAACUCUCGACGGGACUUUCCACGAGAAUGACCGUGUUAACGAUGACGGUGAAUUGGAUUUUAUUAGUGAUGGAUGCUUGGAUGUUGUUGAAUAUAACAACCCAAAUGUUGAUGAAGAUUCUGAGUUUGAAGAAGUUGAAUACGAUGAUGAAGAUGCGGAUGAAGAUGGCGAAUUUGACGGGUGUGAAUACGAUGACGAAGAUGGAGAUGAAGAUGGUGAAUUCGAUGGUGGUGAGUACGGUAACGAGAUCGGUUCUGGUGAUGUUAGUGGACACGAAUAUUGGACUACAAAUGCAAACAACGAUGGAAUUUCUAGGGAAGGAUCGGAAUGGAGUUCAGACAAUUUGAAUGAAUCCAUAUUUUCAGAUCAAAUUCCAAACGAAUCAUUUGUUAUUGACGAGAUCGACGACAUUGCAAAUAUGUACAUGUUUAACUUGCAAGGUGAUCAUGUUUCGAAGCUGUAAUUUGGAAGUAUGGAAAUUGCUUACACAUGGCACUGUUGGUUUGCAACGAUGAACGGUUUUGCGAUCCAUAAAGGUCAAGUUAUUAAAAUAAGAAUGGAGAUGUUAUUCAACAAACAUUUGUUUGUAACCUUGAAGGAUUUAGGCAAGACAGAGUAGAGCAUCACAAGUGAGCUCCGGGCACGAAACCCGAUGUGGAGCAAAAUUUCGGGUUUAUAUUGAUAUAAUUUCACACUGUUGGUAUGUCACAGUUUUUAGCUUUGAGCACAAUCAUGCAAUGUUAAAGGAGAAGCACUGCAAGCUAUUGGUAGGUAAUAGGAAGCUUAGUAAGUCAAAUAAUAUACAAAUUAAGAAUUUUGGGAAUGCUAGAAUCAAAGUAACUCAAAUGAUUGGUUCAUUCGCAAAUGCUGUCGGGGGAUAUGAUAAGGUAGCAUUUUUUAUUU